AUGUCGUCUCUGCAAGAACAGAUUGCUUCAAGGAAACGAAGACUAGAGUCUCUUAAAGGGAAGCAUUCAGACUCAGACGUCCAGCAGCCCCACCCCCCCAAUGAACCACACGGAGAAGAGGAUACGCCCGUGUCCAAAAAGCCAAAAGAGCUUGAGGAAAAGGUCAUCGAAAGUCCAGUUAAACAGGACAAUGACAUGGAUCCGCCUUCUCAAAAUUUUCCGGAUCCAAGAUCCCCUACGGAUGAGAGUCAGGAAGAAGGUGUGGACACCGAUUCCGGCACUGACGACGAACAAACCAGCAAGCUCACGCCUACGAGUGACUUGAAAGAGAAGCUGCGCCCCCAACUUGAUGAGUUAGAGAAGCGCACGCAGGAAGCGAUCAAAAGGUUAGUACGACAAAGGCUCCUCACUCAACCUGACGCCGAUUGA